AUGUCAUGCUCAUUUCAUGGAUCUGCACAUUGGGCCGACAGAAGUAAGAAUAGUGCUCCAAGUUUCGAAGUGAUUUCCCGAGGAUUUUCGGCUACAUCAAGUUAUCUUGCAUCAUCACGUCCAACGUUGUGGUCCAUAGAUCGCUUGAUUGACAUACGGCAAGAGGGUUCUGAGAAAGAUCAUCAAGACCCUACCAAGUACAACGCGCUGUUUCUUGAGCUGGUCCAAGACAUCACGGUGCGAUUGGAACAACAGCAAGGUGCAUUGGUCGCAUUGGAAGAAUUGAUAUCAUCAAGUGCGAAGAAAGGUAAUGAUGUUGAUUUGGAUCGCGCCUACAAGACGAUACGAGACUUUCAACAUUUGUACAAGGAUACUCGCAAGAAAUGCAGUAUGUUGCUUCCUGCCUUAGAAAAGCAGCAAUCUGAAGAAUCCUCCUCCAUCGAUCCAUUAUUAUUACUCAGACAUACUCAAACAACACUGCUAGAAACCUAUACGCGACACUCUCUGACAAUGGAAAGUCUAGCGGAGAUGGUCAUUCAGGUUCGUAGUACAUUGACAGAUGAUUCAACACCUGCUUGGAAUGAAGCUGUACUACGAUUUAUACGGGCAAAGGUUGGACAGCAACUGUUGGCCGAACAUGGUUCGCUUUUGGCCAAGCAGCAUCUGAAUGAGAAAAAGAAGCAGCCGGAUCCGAACAAAAUGGGUGUCAUUUCCAAGGGAAUCUCGGCUUGGGAACUAGUCGAACAGUCAGUGACUGAAGCCAAGCAUUUGUGUGAAGCACAUUAUUUGCAUAGUCCAUCUGUCAUUGGGAUUCCGUCAGAAACAUCGCCAACUAUUUUUAUACCACAGUCCUUGUCACCAUCACCCACUACUGCAGGCACGGAAACAAAAGAUGAUGAAAGUCACGAAGGUGGCGAAUUCCCCACGUUCACCAACGUUCGACCAUGGCUUCAAUUUGCAUUGGUAGAACUACUCAAAAAUAGUAUGGCGAUCACAGCGCACCGACAAUUGAUGGCGACAGGCGUGGACGGUCCACAACACUACUACGAAACCUCAUCAGCGGAUGGCAAUGACGAAUCAGGGCUACAUCCAAUUUUUGUCCAAGUUCAUGAUACUGACGAUUUUGUGGAAAUUGAAAUUUUGGAUCAAGCUGGUGGAAUCGAAGACGAUUCCAGUGAUCUCUUCUCCUUUUGUCAAACUCAAGAGCUUUGGGAUCGUUUGGACGACCAGCAGACAUAUGCCCAGACACGUAGCCCUGUGCAAGGCCUGGGAGUUGGAUUGUGUAUGUCUCGCAUGUAUCUUCAGCAUUUUGGUGGAAUGGUUGAGUUGGAGGAUCGCCAAGAAGACAACCUUCCACCGGAAUUUCCUCAGGCAUUGAAGAAAGGGGUGACUUCGAGACUUCGGAUACCCAAAAGUACAAGCAUAUUGGAGCAAAAUCCGAGUUGA